AGGGCCCAUGGCUCAGAAUCCACCACUGCCUUCAUCUCCUCGUUGACUUCUCUUCGCUAAGCUACCAUGAAACUUCUGGUCAUAGUGCUGGCCUGGGCUGUCUUCACAGAAUCCAGGUCCCUUCUCCUCAGAGAUGAACCAAGAUCUAAGCUGGCUGAGUUAGCAGAGGAGCUACAGGAAUAUACGAGAAAUAUUAGCAACGCAGUGACCGAAAAAAUGACUUUGGUGCGAAGAUCAGAGCUUGGUCAGCAGUUAGAACAUCACAUACAGGAUAGCUAUUUCAAAAUCAACAGGCGCUGGAAUAAACUGCGAGGACAGUUGCCCUCUGAGGUUGCGGAAACAUACGAAUUGGUGGCUUCACUACCGAUAGACAUGACAUUGAAGGCUUACUUUGCUGUGUUCGGAUUAACGGGAAAGCUGAUACCUGCCGCAGAGGAACUCUACGAUCUGUUGCAUCCUAUGCUGGCUCCCCACACCGACCCUGUCCUGAAGAUGCUGAGGCCACAUGCAGAGGCCCUCAGUGCCAGAGCGCAGGAGGUGAAUGCAAACCUGAACGAGAAACUGAAAUCCAGCUUGGAGGCGCUGGCAACUCGGCUGGCCCUUUAUGCCGAGAACGUUCGGAGCCAGUGGCAAGAAUUCCAGACAUCCCUGGAGCCCUUUGCAGACCAAGUACAGGAGUGGUUCGAGCAUGAAGAGGAGUCAGCCAGACAAGUCUGGCAGCCUUACGUGGCCCCUGUUGAGAAGGCAUUCCGACAAUUCAUCGAGGAGUUCUAUGGGCCGUUCCCCACAGAUCAGAGAUUUUCCCACUAGCAUUAGAGAGCAGAAUUUUGGCCAAGACUCAUCAACAGAAUUUGAUGACCCUGGGGGAUUUUGCAAUAUGUUACCCUCAGCAUUUAGGGGUGUGGCUGAUGUCUGUAACCUCCUGCAAAUCAUGCAAUAAAGGCCUGAAGAAAGCUUG